CGGAUAAUGCUGCGAAAUGGAAACGUUCGUCUGGCUAAAGGUGUGCUAACCCUGCGUGCCGGCAUGCGACCGUGUGGCCCCGUGUCACAGCUUCGUGUGACAUUUAAUAGCUCGUUGCUCCAGCGAGGCCUUUCACCACAGGCAGCUUCCGAGCCGUACGGCAAUGUUUUCCAAACUGGGAAUCUGCGGGAGUGGGGAUGACAGUAGGUCGUGAGUGCCAAGAGAGAUUGCAUGGUGAUCUGGAGAGGCUUGGUUUUUGUGAAGUGUUUGUGCCUCCUGUUUUUCAGACAUGGAGGAAUAGUUCAGGCUGGAGUACUAAGCAAAAGAGUUGGGGAAAGCUGUUAUAAAAUGAAUCACUCUGAGUCCUUGAAAAAUAUACUUUGUCAUCUGUUUGAAUACCCUUAUCACAGAAGUUGUCAGAGUUUGAAGGGACCUCUAGAGAUCAUCUAGUCUAACUCCUCUGCUAAAGCAGGAUCACCUAGAGCACAUUACACAAGACUGCAUCCAGGUGGGUCUCCAGUAUCUCUAGCCAACAUGACCCUGCUCAGAACCUUCUUGAGUUCUGUCACACAGCCAACUCUCAGUCCACCUCACGGUCCACUCAUCUAGCCCACGCUGCCUCUGUUGCCUAACAAGGAUGUUACAGGAUACAGUGUCAAAAGCCUUGCUGAAAUCAAGGUAGAUAAAGCAAGUUUCUUAUGGGUGGUGUUGGAAUGCUUAAAAUCUUCCCAAAAUGCUUUCAGAAAAGUGUCAGAAUUGAGAUGUGUUUGCUGAAUUUUGUAGUCUCCUCAGGCUGCUUGCAGUGAUCUAUGUGAUCUUUAUAAGACAGGUUACCAAAAAAGAUAAAUCCAUUCUUUCAUUGAGUCCACAGUUCUUUGAUGACCUGGUGGAUACCUGAAGAAGGACAUUUAUGAAAUGGGAACUCUUCCUGUUGUAGGCACUGGUUCUUGCCUCUCCUCAAUGUCUGGAUGUGACACUUAAAGUGUCAAGGUCAUUCUGCUUUCUGGACUUCAGAAGUCUCUACAGGAGCCUGUCCAUGGGAUUUGGGCACACGUAUCUGCCUACGCAGACAGCGAUCAAGAGUCACUAUUUAUUUUGGCCUCGUGGGAGACUUCGAUAAGAUCUGGCGUGAGCACUGUGAGGACGAGGAAACUCUGUGUGAAUAUGCUGUGGCAAUGAAAAACCUUGCAGAUAAUCACUGGGCAAAAACUUGUGAAGGGGAAGGCCGAAUUGAAUGGUGUUGCAGUGUAUGCCGAGAAUAUUUUCAGAAUGGUGGGAAAAGAAAAGCACUUGAGAAAGAUGAAAAAAGAGCACUUCUUGAUUCUAAGACCACUCCAGGUUUAAACGUUACCCAGGCUCCCAAGAUUGAAGAUCCCUUGUCAAACUUUGGCUUGACAAAUCAUGAAGCUAUAACAGAAGAAUUGCUCCACUCCUUGGGGAAGAUCAGAUUACUUGAUGUCGGUAGCUGCUUUAAUCCAUUUCUGAAGUUUGAAGAAUUUCUGACAGUUGGCAUAGAUAUUGUUCCAGCUGUCGAGAGCGUAUACAAAUGUGACUUCUUAAAUCUUCAAAUUCAGCAACCUCUCCAACUGGCACAAGAUGCUAUAGAUGCCUUUCUUAAGCAACUGAAAAAUCCCAUUGAUUCUCUACCUGGAGAACUGUUUCAUGUCGUCGUUUUCUCUCUCCUCCUUUCUUACUUUCCAUCACCCUAUCAACGAUGGAUAUGCUGUAAGAAGGCACAUGAACUUCUCGUAUUAAAUGGUUUAUUGCUUGUAAUAACUCCAGAUUCAUCUCAUCAGAAUCGCCGAGCUAUGAUGAUGAAAAGCUGGAAAAUUGCCAUAGAGUCCUUGGGUUUUAAACGCUUCAAGUAUUCCAAGUUUUCUCACAUGCACCUGAUGGCAUUUAGGAAAACUUCCCUGCAAACAACAAGUGACUUAGUUAGCAGGAACUACCCAGGAAUGUUGUAUAUCCCACAGGAUUUCAACAGUAUAGAGGAUGAAGAGUAUUCCAACACGUCCUGCUAUGUUCGAUCAGACACAGAAGAUGAACAGCUAGCCUACGGUUUUAUGGAGCUCCCUGAUGCUCCUUAUGACUCAGACUCUGGAGAAAGCCAGUCUAGUUCAAUUCCUUUCUAUGAGCUAGAAGAUCCUAUAUUGCUUCUAAGUUAAUGCAGUCAUUGAAAUGCCCUUUCAGUCAAACCUCUUGCUUAACUAAUUUUGCUAUACUAACAUGGGCUCAACACACAAAAAUGGUUUGCAUAAGGAAAAUGCAAAGGUUUACAGAGUUUGCUAUUUUUUUCUACUUUUCAAUUUUAAAAUUUAUUCUUGUAUGAAAGUGAAAAAAUACAAGUUUUAUGCAGAUGACUGAUGUCAUAGCAUAAAUUGCUGUUACUUUAUUUAGAUGUAUAUCACUAAUUUUUUUCCCAGAAAGGUACCAUUCUUUUCUUUAGUGCUGUGAAGUGUGAAUUCUGUUUCAUUUGCUACAUGUUGUUUGAAUAUUUUAACUCAAUGUGGUUGAGCUUAAGGCACUGGAGUUGGGGAGCUUCUGAGGAGAAGUAUAUGUAGGAAGAAAUAAUUUGCACUUUAAUUAAAUGUGCAGAUAGGUUAAGACACUUGGUUACACAUGUCCCUUCAUAAUUAUGGAACAAAGGUUUUUUCCAAAAUUCGUUUCACUCUGGUUAAGCCUGGGCUGGAGAAACUAUAAUGCUUGCACAUUUGAUUUUGUUUAUUGCAGCCCUCUUGAGAUUACACCAAAUCGAGAUAACACCAAAACACUGGAAUAUAUUCAUCCAUAGUUACACAUACUGUAUAAUUUCAUUGCAUAAAUGGUAGGUAGAUACAAGUUUUCUGAAGAGAUUAUCCCUCCCCAGAGGAGUAUGGUACGUAUAGACAAUUGUGUUUCACUUUAAAGCUGGAACAUGGUUUGCAGUUGUAUGAGUGCACAAGCACUGAUGUGUAUCAGUAUUUCCCCAAUGAUGGUGUUCUGUAUUCUCUUCAAACUGUGUUUUUUGGGGGGGCAGGGUGGGUUUUGUCAUGUUUUAAAGUAAAUUAUUUAUGCUUUUUAAAAACAAACAACUUUUUUCUUCAAUUGUCCUUAUUUGUAGACCUCCCAAGUUAACUACAGACCACUUUUGUAAAAGGAACAUAAUUAUACAAGUUUUUCAAGGAUACACAUAUUUGCACAAAGCCAUGUAUUCAGACCACACGAAUGAAUUUAACAUACUAUUUGUUUGCUUAUUUGGACCCAAAAAUCUUCUGUUUAGUUAAAUAAAAAAUCCAUAGCUGUCUGAAGACUGGUCUGCACUGUAAGGAGAUGAAACAGAAGUUUUUUACAUCUGUUAAGUUUUUUAACUUGUGUAAUAAAUUUGUGAGGUUUUGCAGGGGAAAAAAAUAUAAAUCUGUUCAGUGUUAGAAAUAGGAGAUUCAGUAUUAGCCUAGCUUAGAUUUCUCUCCAUUUAAAAAAAAAUGGCCAGAAUUUUCAGAUUUGAAUGUUAGGCUGUUAAAUCUAUCUGUAAGUGCCUAAUAAUUAUUUUUUUCAACUAGGUGCCACAUCAUGGUCUUAAGAAUGACUUCAGCAAAAUGGUAGAAAAUACUAAUAGUUUCACAGGUGGUUGCAAUGAGAUCUACCUUACACCAUAUUAACCUACCAUGUUGUGUUUAUAAUAGAUAAGUUACCAGAUAAACUUAAGUUGUAGUGUGGAUUUUACAGUGGUUGCUACAAAAAUGAAGCUUACUUCUUCCAUUGAAGUUCUGCACUGGAAGUGUCACAGUCUGACCUACCUGUUUUUCUUUUACACUGUUUCCUAUAUAGUCAUCCCACAUGGGUGCAGCUUACACUCAAACAUCAUCUGCACUGCAAUGCUUUAUUCUUCAACAUAAGCUUUUUAGGUCUCUCUUCUUAAAUUUAAAUUAUCCCGUAAUAUCUUACUCAUAUUUGCUAUUCAGUCUGAAUGAUAUACAAACCAAAUAAUUCUGAUUUUUUAAGAAAACCAAAACACCAAAACCAAAAGUUUAGACUUUUAAGUAUCAUGGCUGACUUUUUUUUUUUUUUUACAGAUAAUACUUCCCUAGGGAAAUACAUAAUGGCUUCAAAAUUGGCUAUAAGUCUAUAUUUGCAUCUAAUGCUUUACCAUUUCACUUUCACUAAAAAGUCUGUCAUUCAAAGCCUUUCUUCUUUCCAGUUAACCACUGCCUCCAGCAGUGCUCAUGUUAAAGCUAAAAUAUUGGUGCUAUAAAUUCAGCUGUUUAUGGAAACAUAAUCUGCAUAUUUCAAAGUGUACCUAACAUUUCAACUGGUAAAAAAAGUUAUAUACCACCUAACAUAUAUGUUGGCAUUGGUUAACGUAAAUUGAUUUAUGAUUCAUACACAAAAGCAACUCAGGCCAAGAUUUUAUCCCCCCAAAAUAGUUUAAAAUAUUAACAAUUAAAAUUUAAGCCUUUUGGGCAGGUUGUGGUUUAGGGACCCAAGAUUCGUAACAGCUUGGUUUUCUUGCUGCUCAUUCUAAAUACCUGAAGUGUUCCUUUUAACUUUUUUUUUUUAAUAAGAGACAGUAGAUUGUGGUGGUGGAUGAGGAUAGUGGGAUUUACAGAUUGACAUAAAUACUUACACCUCCCUGAACAAUAAAGUGUUGAUACCAGCAGUUGGAUAUUUGGCUUCGCUGCAAGACUUGUUCUAGGUUAUGAAAUAUUUGAAAAUUGACCGUGCAAAAGAUCUCUCAUUCUUAAGGUGCUGGAGAGGAAAAGGAAGAAAAUGUGUAUUUGCGUUUCUGUUGUCUUUAUGUCACUACUUUUUGUGAACAAAGCACAUUUAUUAAAAAAUAAAUCUGAAAACCUUUUUAAAAA